CAUUGAUGGAGAUGAAUAUAACUGCAACAAGACUCAAGUGCGCAAAGUUAUUUCCGGUGUUGUUGGAGCAGCAUCAAGUGUUACUUCUAUUCAAGUUGCCAACCUAUUGCGGCUGUUCAGAAUACCACAAGUAUCCUUCUUCUCAACGAGUCCUGAACUCAGCAAUAAACAACGCUUUGAAUAUUUUACUAGGACGAUACCAUCUGAUCACUAUCAGGUAAAGGCAAUGGUCGAUAUCGUUCGCAAAAUGGGCUGGAGUUACAUUUCCAUAAUUUAUGAAGAAUCGAAUUAUGGAAUUAAGGCCUUUGAAGAACUCGAAGACCUCCUCGCCGAGCAUAAUAUUUGCAUUGCAAUCAAGGAAAAGUUGGUUAAAGAUUCAGGCGUCGCAGAUGAGUCUGCUUACGACAACAUCGUUCAAAAACUGUUGACGAAGCCGAGAGCUAGAGGUACGAUAAUAUUUGGCUCAGACCAAGAAGUGGCAGGAGUUAUGAGAGCCGUCAAACGCAACAAUGCAACUGGAAGCUUUUCCUGGAUUGGGUCCGAUGGAUGGAGUGCGAGAUCAUUAGUUUCCGAUGGCAAUGAAGCAGAAGUAGAGGGAACUCUUUCAGUACAACCUCAAGCAAACCCUGUUCGAGGAUUUGAAGAGUAUUUUUUAAGCUUGAACGUUGAAAAUAACCCAAGAAAUCCAUGGUUUGUUGAGUUUUGGGAAGAUCAUUUUAUGUGCCGGUAUCCAAACAGCUCCAGCACGCCAUACAAUCAGAAAUACUCUACCGCAUGUACUGGUAAAGAGAAAUUAACCAGACAGAACACUGUUUUCGAAAAUCAGCUUCAGUUUGUUUCGGAUGCUGUCAUGGCGUUUGCUUAUGCUAUAAGAGAUAUGCAUAAGGAUCUAUGUCAUGGUCAACCCGGACUGUGUGAUUCUCUCAAGCCUACGAAAGGAUCUGAGCUGCUUAGAUUUCUACGCAAAGUUGAUUUUGAAGGUCUAAGCGGUGAUCGAUUUCAUUUUGACAUGAAUGGAGACGGUCCAGCCAGAUACAAUAUAAUACACUUUAAGCAAGUACUUCCUGGCAAAUAUCAAUGGGUCCGUGUUGGAGAGUAUGUUGAAGGAGAAUUACGAUUGAAUUCUACUGAUAUCCAAUUCAAAUUAGACCAUCCAAAGCCACCUGAGUCAGUAUGCAGUCUCCCUUGCGGAUUAGGGCAAGCGAAAAAGUAUGUGGAGGGUGAAAGCUGCUGCUGGCACUGUUUUAAUUGCACACAAUAUCAGAUUCGCCAUGAAACCGAUCCAACACAGUGCAUCAAUUGUCCCCUGGGAACGUUACCUCAUCAUCUCCACAUCCGUUGUGUUGAAAUACCGGAAGAGUACUUGCGACCGGAAAGUGGAUGGGCCAUUGGAGCUAUGGCAUUAAGCUCCACUGGAAUCCUUAUUACGAUGUUUGUUAUAUGUGUAUUCAUUCGGUACAACGACACUCCUGUCGUAAGAGCAUCUGGGAGAGAACUAAGCUACGUACUUCUUGCGGGAAUACUCAUGUGCUAUUGUAUUACCUUUGCACUAGUCAUUCGUCCAACGGAUAUUACUAUGAAGCAGGCUUUAAUCUCUGCCCCCGUGCUCGUAUAUCCUCGGCCCAAUAGAAUGUUCAUUUUGGGCGCCAACGCCAGCAAUGUGGGAAUGGGAGUCGUUCUUCCGAAGUUAGAAGAUGACCAAGAGAAGAUUCUGAUAAAUGCAGUUUGGAUGAUAAUUUCACCAGCAAGAGCCAUGCAUCAUUAUCCUUCGAGAGAAGAUAAUUUGUUGGUGUGUUCUUCAGACAUAGAUGCUUCAUAUAUGAUAGCAUUUACAUACCCGAUUUUUCUUAUUAUUAUUUGCACCGUGUAUGCCGUUCUUACAAGAAAAAUUCCUGAAGCUUUUAAUGAAUCAAAGCACAUUGGUUUCACCAUGUACACCACAUGUGUAAUAUGGUUGGCAUUUGUACCGCUUUACUUUGGCACCGUCAACCACGUUGCCUUGAGGAUAACGAGCAUGUCAGUGACGAUUAGUCUUUCCGCUAGUGUCACAGUUGUCUGCCUCUUCUCUCCAAAGCUCUAUAUAAUUCUUAUACGGCCAGAACGAAACAUUCGGCAAAGUAUGAUGCCGAUGAGAUUCACUAAUUUUAACAAGAAUUCUGGAUCAAGUAGCAUUAUGGCUCCCAUACUCGUUACAGCUGCAACGUGUGAUUCAAAACAGCAGAUUCGCCGACAUAUACCUCCGCCAUCUAUUUCUGAUAAAGAAGAUACAGAUUUUAGUAGCAAAACGAAACUCGAGACCAGCGAUUGCAGUACUCAAACAGAGGCCUUGAAUAUGGAAGAUAAUACUACCCAUAACAUCACUCAAGACUGUUCGCCAAAAAUUAACAAUAACUGCAAUUUUGAUCGCGGUCGAAUUGAAAUAGUUUCAGUAGAUAAAAAUUGCCAUUCGUAAUAAAAUACAUUGAAUCAACUUUAACGACCAAUAUUGAUAUUACUACAUGGAUUAUUAAAAACUACAAAACAGAUAUAUACUUGACAAAAAUAGAGAAACGUACAGUGUUUUGCUUACAGCUUUUAUAGAUUACAUUAAUUUUACUUGACACAUAAAGAAGGACAUUCGCAAUAAAUUAUGUAAUUAGAACGUACUAUUUGAAAUUCCACAAAUUGAUCAAUCGCAAAGUUAAUAAACUUAGACCAUUUGCCCUAGCACAUUACUGUACGUUUCACAUAUUGAACAUUAGGUGCAUAGAUUAUGUGGUUUACAGGGUACGCAAUAGUAUUUAAGGUCCAUAUUAUUCAAUUGUCAAAUGUGUCAAAAUAAGCUCCAUCAUCUGCUACGACUAUUAUGCUGGUUUUUCGGUAGCUUUUAAACAUAAAGAAACAGUCCAAUGAAUUCAUUUAUCAAUCUCAUUGCAAGCAAACGACGCAAAACUAAUCGAUCCUAUAGGUACAGACAAAAAAAAAACGUUGAAGUGGCCAGAAUGAAGUUCCCACAGUUGUGAAAUUUUAAUUAAAAGCAAACUUAUAAUGACUGUUUAUUAGGAUAUUCCAAUUUAUGUUUCCUUUUAGCUUUGAAAAAUUGGUUAUCUCCGUUAUUGCCACAGGGUAUUUGGUUACGUUAGA